UCUCGGAGGAAUUCUGCCCCUUCCAGCUGCCCUGCCCUCCUCUCCCUUUAAAGGUUGACUUGCCCGGCGGCGCUCUACUGCGCUCCAGCCCUCUGGCGCCUCUCGCUCACCCCCUUGCUACUCCGAUCCUCUCCCGCCGGUCUGCUCGCGCCGCGCAGUUCCCACAGCAAAGCAGAAGGACGCGCCUGGAGAUGGAGAGCAAAGCCCUGCUCCUGGUGGCUCUGGGAGUGUGGCUUCAGAGUUUGACCUCCUUCCCCGCAGGGGUGGCUGCAGCAGACGCCAGAGGAGACUUUACAGACAUCGAAAGUAAAUUUGCCCUAAGGACCCCUGAAGACACAGCUGAGGACAAUUGUCACCUCAUUCCUGGAGUAGCAGAAUCUGUGUCCAACUGCCACUUCAACCACAGCAGCAAGACCUUCGUGGUGAUCCACGGCUGGACGGUGACAGGAAUGUAUGAGAGUUGGGUGCCCAAACUUGUGGCUGCCCUGUACAAGAGAGAACCUGACUCCAACGUCAUUGUGGUGGACUGGCUGUAUCGGGCCCAGCAACAUUAUCCAGUGUCUGCUGGCUACACCAAGUUGGUGGGAAACGAUGUGGCCAGGUUUAUCAACUGGAUGGAGGAAGAAUUUAACUACCCACUGGACAAUGUCCACCUCUUGGGAUACAGUCUUGGAGCCCACGCUGCUGGGGUGGCAGGAAGUCUGACCAACAAGAAGGUUAACAGAAUCACUGGCUUGGAUCCGGCUGGCCCUAACUUUGAGUAUGCAGAGGCCCCCAGUCGCCUUUCUCCUGAUGAUGCAGAUUUCGUAGAUGUCUUACAUACAUUCACCAGAGGGUCACCUGGCCGAAGUAUUGGGAUCCAGAAACCAGUAGGCCAUGUUGACAUUUAUCCCAAUGGAGGCACUUUCCAGCCAGGAUGUAACCUUGGGGAAGCCAUUCGUGUGAUUGCAGAGAGAGGCCUUGGGGACGUGGACCAGCUGGUGAAGUGUUCUCAUGAGCGCUCCAUUCAUCUCUUUAUUGACUCCCUGCUGAAUGAAGAAAACCCAAGCAAGGCUUACAGGUGCAACUCCAAGGAAGCCUUUGAGAAAGGGCUCUGCCUGAGUUGCAGAAAGAAUCGCUGCAACAAUGUGGGCUAUGAGAUCAACAAGGUCAGAGCCAAAAGGAGCAGCAAGAUGUACCUGAAGACUCGUUCCCAGAUGCCCUACAAAGUCUUCCAUUACCAAGUCAAGAUUCACUUCUCCGGGACUGAGGGUAACAAGCAGCACAACCAGGCCUUUGAGAUUUCUCUGUAUGGCACAGUGGCCGAGAGUGAGAACAUCCCCUUCACUCUGCCUGAGGUCGCCACAAAUAAAACCUACUCCUUCUUGAUUUAUACGGAGGUGGACAUCGGAGAAUUGCUGAUGAUGAAGCUGAAGUGGAAGAGCGAUUCCUACUUCAGCUGGCCGGACUGGUGGAGCAGCCCCAGCUUUGUCGUCGAGCGGAUCCGAGUGAAAGCAGGGGAGACACAAAAAAAGGUCAUCUUCUGUGCGAGGGAGAAGGUGUCGAAGCUGCAGAAGGGAAAGGACUCCGCGGUGUUUGUGAAAUGCCAUGACAAGUCUCUGAAGAAGUCUGGCUGAAACUGGAGAGACCAACAAGAGAAGAAAGCACAUGAGUUCUUUGAAGAUAGAAGUAAACAAAGUAAAUUUUAUAAAAAAGAAAAAGAUACCCUUGUUUGGGUGUUUGAAAGUGGAUUUUCCUGAGUAUUAAUCCCAUUUCAAUUUUGUUAGUUAAAUUAGAAGACAGGCUCAAAGACUAAAACGUGACAAAUACAAGGUGAGGUAGUCUUGUGGCCAACAGCAUGUCUUCCAGCAUCAGAGGACAGCAGAUAGGAGAAACAUGGUGUCUUUUGUCCCUUAAAAAGGAAUCAUUUGUUCCCAAUAAAUAAGACUCCUUUGUAUGACCCGUUUGGUCAUGGUCAAAAAUUAGUGAGGGCUUCUUAUUUUGUUAGAAUUCUGGGGCUUUAUACUGAGACCCUUUCCAGAGUUUUCUCCAAGUCUAAUAUAGAUAAUAUUUUUGUGGCAUGAGUCAAAUCUAUUUCUUUAGCAGUUGAAACACCUGUCCUUUGUAACUAGUUCUUUUACUAUUGGGAUGAAGCACACCCACUUCCCCCCCAAAAAUAAUCAACAAUGUGUGACUUAGCAAAAUCAGUGGAGGCCAGAGAUCAUGAAGUCCUGAGCCUUGGUCUCAAAAUGAAAAAGUACAAGUCAACAGAUAUACAGAAUUAGAUUGAGUAAUUCUUAAUAGACUUGAAUUUUUAUGGCUUACCCCCUCCAUUUUUCAAAAGUUUGUCUUGUAUUUUAACAAUGUUCUCUGGGUAGAGAAAAUGAGUUUAUAGUCCAGGUGACACAUAAAUUGAACUGAAAGAAAAUAAUGCCUACUCUGAUUUUACUUUUAUCUUUUGCUUUUUUGAGAAAAAGUCUCAUUUGUCACACUCUGUAGCCUAGCCUGACUUGAGUGCUGGGAUUGUUAGCAUGAGCCACACCCGGCUUAAUACCAUUAUUUUAUUAUCAGAAUUCUUCCUAUUUGUCUUCGUCAACUUGAACACAUUCAAUAGCCAAGAGUUAGCAUUUAGUUUGGGACUCUCCUCAGUUAUGCCUCUGCCACACCUCGAACAUAUCACGUUCAUUUCUAGUUUAGAUGGGAUUAAGUUCAAAUUCUGCAUCAUGCAAAGUACAGACUUUAGAUCAGGACCAUUUUACUACAUAAAUGGUGAAAUGACUAGGAAAUAUGCUUAUCAAAGCUUGUAAAUUGUUGUGUACAAAGAAGGGAGUGGUCACCUGCAGUAGCCACAGAAAGUGCCCGGCUAAUCAAGAGUGAGCAAACAAUUAUUUAUGAACUAGAUCUCCUAUUUUCAGAAGGUUUUUACUAUAUAUUAGUAUAAAAUAAUAAAGGAAUCCCAUGCCAGAGGCUGUUUCUGGGAACACAACUGUGAACCUGUGGGCGUCUGAACACCUACCUACAUGCAAAGCCCCACAAAUGUAGUAGUCAUUCAGUGUAAUUUGGAAAGGAGAGAGUCAUGGGAUGUACUGGAAAACGUCAGAGAAGUAGUUCCAGAUAAGUUAGAAUGCUAGCGCUUGCUAGGGGAAGGAUGGCUGUACCUAUGUAAUAUAGGACAAAGUGACUGAUUUCAUCAGGCUUGGAGUCAUUGUAACAAUAAAAUGAUGUACAAGUUGUCA